AUGGUUACAAGAUUGGUAGGGUUACAAGAUUGGAACGGUGAAGUUCCAACAUCGGAGUGGUAUGGUUACAACAACCUUGGAACGCCAUACAGCAUGACAACGCUGACGAGCAUGCAGCAGGAGGUGGUGGAGGAAAUAGCCCAGCUGGGCUUCGUGCUCACGCAAAAGGGGAGGCACGACCAGUGGUUCAUCCCAACGCACCUUGCAGCUGCACUCUCCUCCAGCCUAUCAGAGUCUGCCACGUCAGAUUCAGAGGGCUUCAUAGUGGUGGAGACCAACUUCAGAGUUUAUGCGUACACGCAGUCCAAGCUGCAGGCGGAGAUUCUAUCACUCUUUAUGAGGUUGGAGUACCGCCUGCCCAACCUAGUGGUGGGGAUCAUGAACCGAGAGACCGUCAACAACGCACUUGCUCUCGGCAUUGUUGCAGAGCAGGUGGGGUCUCCAGGUGGUUUGAGCAGGGCAGGUGGGUCCUCAGGUGGUUUCAGCAGGGCAGGUGGGUCCUCAGGUGGUUUCAGUACGGCAGGUGGGUCCUCAGGUGGUUUCAGUAGGGCAGGUGGGUCCUCAGGUGGUUUCAGUAGGGCAGGUGGGUCCUCAGGUGGUUUCAGUAGGGCAGGUGGGUCCUCAGGUGGUUUCAGUAGGGCAGGUGGGUCCUCAGGUGGUUUCAGUAGGGCAGGUGGGUCCUCAGGUGGUUUCAGUAGGGCAGGUGGGUCCUCAGGUAGUUUCAGUAGGGCAGGUGGGUCCUCAGAUAGUGCAGUGCAGAUAGUGCAGUACAUGCGGAAGAACGCCCAUCCCCUGGUGGCCACGAAGCCCCCUGUGGUGCCCGAGACAGUGGUGGACCAGGUGCUGUGCGCUGGGGCCAUGUGUGCCACUAUCCGUCUGUGGGAGUUUGAUCGCAACAGAGUGGCCACCACUGCUGCCGUGCUCUACGACGACUUCCCCACCCAGGAAGUGUUUGAAGCCAUCGUUAAGCAUGCGCAGCAGAUUGGUGCGUUGCUGUGGAAAGACAGCAAGAAGAGAAAGUUUGUUGUUCGUGUCGAUGCACAUGAUAGCGUGCGGACGUUUAUUCGCCACCUCGGCAGCAAGAAGAAACGGCGCAGUGACGCGUAG